UCCGUACGUUCAGUUGCAUCGUAUAACCUAAACCUUUGAUUUAUCUUUUAAACUACAUUGAAUUAUAAAAUUACCUCUUGGGUUUUCGUGUUUACUUGAAAAAUGGAGUUUGUGGAUGCGGUGCCAAUUACUUUCAAAGAAAUAACUCCUACUAGCAACGUACCUGAAAAAUGGAAAGAAGUUAUUCUAAACACAGGUGGUACACACAGCACAUUACAAGACAUCAAGUUGCCUCAGAGAGCUGGAGGAUAUUGGUAUAAGGAUUCAAAGAAGGCCAACACUAGAAAUCGUUUUAUUUACUGGCAAACUACAUCAGAUGCUAUUGAACUAUCAGAGGCCUCGCUAGAUGUUAACCUAACCAGCAGUAACCUACGAUGCAAAGUGGCUCCUGGAACACCACCCCUCAGUGGGAUGUCUGUGUAUGAAAGGAUAGCUUCUCAGGACAUUGUUAUUUUAGCUGCAACUGUGUCAUCAGUCCAUAGACUCAUAUUUCCACAUCCUGAAAGUAUUGAUAAAAAGUCUACCUUUGGUUCCAUGAGCAGCUCCACACCUUCAAUAUUCCAUGACACUGGCGCCAUCAAUAAUCCUAACAAUUACCACAUUCUCAACCAGUAUUCAAAUCCAACAACCGGAGUAGCACACACAUGUGCUUCCCUCCUCCUGGACAAUGGUGAAGCGGUAUUUGCCCUCGCUUUUGGCUAUGGCGGAGAAGGUGGCUUGUUGCUGGUCAAGCUGCCUGUGGCUGGUUCCGCUGUCACUACAAUGCUGAAAAGGGAGUCUACGGUGCCAAGAUUUUUGUCUGGCAUCACUGGAGCACUUAGAGGAAAGAACAUAGACAGCAUAGAAACAUACGGCGUAGUGCUCACGCACGGCCUAGCCAUAGCGAUAUGCGGCGACGCGUGCCUCCGCGCGUGGGCCAUCAACGACGGCGGCGCGCCGGCCGUCGUCACGCCGCCGCUGUCGCAGACCGUAGUGCGGCCGAAACCGCCCCCACACGGUCACAUGCUACAAAAGACGACCGGUCCAAAUGGAGACGUGACUCUAGUCGCGUACCUCUCGUUCCCCAACGAAUGCGAGUUCGUCGUCAUGAAGAUGAUGGACGCUGGCGCGGGCGCCGUGAAGUUCUCACACGUUUGUCGCAUCUUUGGACCGCAGUUGGAUCUUCUGGAUUACACCAUAGGCUAUGGCGAUGGCAGCGACGUCAUUUGGGCCCUGUGGAGUCAACCUGACGGAGAAACUAUUAUAACAAGCAGCACCCUAAGCGCGGAGGUGUCAUGGCGUAUGGUGGCACCCCGGGAACCCCCGCCGCCGUUGCCCGUGCUGUCCUCGCACCAGCAGUACCGCGAGCGGCUGCUCACGCCGGGCCUGUUCCCGCCGCAGGUGGUGCGGAAGGCUCUAGCCAUCUACCGACGAACGUGGGGCAGCAGCGAGUCAGCGAGCGAAGGCGACCUUAGCGAGUCGGCCAUGAACGCCGUGCAGGCUCGUCUGCGCCAUCUUACCGCGCGCGCCGCCUCGCCCGACCACAACCACUUGAUGCACAAAUGCUGGUCGGAUUUGUACAGUUGGUGUAUGCAGUACAUGGAGGGUCUACAAAAGCCAUUGGGACUAAUGGUUGCUAAAUCGAGCUGUGACAUGGACAACGGAUGGUGGUGCGGUGUAGUCGGACGCGCGGGAAUCUCUCUGGUCAGAGAACUGGAACCGCUCGAGCGUAUGAUGUUGUCGCCAGAUGUAGCCGCGUUGGACUCAGGAAUGGGCGGUGCCGGCGAGCUGUCCUCGGACGCGGUGCGCGUGGUGGCGGCGGGCGCGCUGUGGGAGCGCGCGGCCACGGCGGCCGGGGCGGCGGAGCUGGAGCGGCGGCUGUUCGCGUGCGCCGCGCCGCAGCACCGCCUGCUGCCGCGCCUGCUGCAUCUGCUGCUCGCGCCGCCCGAGCAGGACGCGCCCUCUGGCUUGCCGACGCUAGCUCCGAGCCAGAUAGACGAGCUGGAAGCAGUCCUGGAACCCAUCAAAGAUUUACAAAAUGCCGUCUUGGAGCUAAACGACGCACUGAGGCUAGACGUACCCGACAUAGACACAUCUAAAUGUGAAGAAGAAGACCUAAGCGAAUACGAUAGUUUAUUUGCUAGCGACCUCGGUGUUUCGAUUGUAACAGAAUCCAUUCGGCAGAUGGCUGAAAUGAGGUUACGCGUGGUUCGAGGGGCGUUAGUAGCGCUCGGAGUCGUGCGCGGCGCGGGCGGCGUGCCUGGCGCCGGACACUGCGCGGUACACUGGCAGGCCUACCGCGCGCUGCUGUGGCUACGCGCCGCCACCUUACAGCGAGUGGGCGCCGGUUCCCUCGAGCUGUUCCGGCUGAAGCUAGGCGCGCUGGGCGGCUCCGCGGUCGCAGCGUCGGGCGGCGCGGCGGCGGGGUACGCGGCGGGCGCGGGCGCGCGCGCGCGCGGCGGCAGCUGGCGCUCGCGCGCGCCAGCACGCACUGGCACCAGGCGCUGCCGCUACUCACGUACCAUCUGGCGCAUCAGCUAUGGGCAGUGAGUGGCGGCUUCGAGUUCGGCUGGUGGCUGGCUUCUAUAAAUCAGCCGCGUUUGGUACAGAGCUACGUGUCCAUGCUCGAACCAUGGUGCGAAUGGAACGCUUGCUCGCGACAAUUCAUCCUCGGCCUG